AGUUUUGGUUCAAUUCUUUAUCGUACACCCUGUAACACUCCUGGUUACCAAGAAAACAAUUUUUAUCCAUCAUUAUUUUUACCAAGCAAAGAAAAGGUUGCUCAUGGUUAAAAAGAGGAAAAGGGAAAAGAAAGUAAAAUAUCUCUCUUUACUCUCUGUUUUUAGCUGUUCAAGUUAUCACAAUUUUUUUACACUUCCCAAUGUAAUAAUAAUAUUGUCGCAAUAUUAAAUGAUAUUUUGCAAGUCAAUGUUUAAAAAUUUCAACCCAACUCGUUAAGCUUUCCAAUUGAACCCAAAAAACCUGUAAACACUGAAAACCGAUACAAAAAUUUGAUAAUCUUUUAUCGUGAACCAAAAAAAUUCGAGUUAUCAGUUUUCUCCCAUCAAAUGUCUAUUUACAUGUGUCCAAAAUUUUUACUCUACACAUUUUUAAGAUAACUUAAAUUCACCAUCAUCAUCAGCAUCAUCCAUAAUCACUCUUGUUCAUCAUCAUCUAUAUCAACAUUUAUUAUUAUUUUAUACUCGCUUCCAAUGCAAUAACAUUCACUCCCAGUUAGCAGCGACCAUUGUUAUCCAAGUAAACCAUUACUUUUCCCAAUAAGAAACUGGGAUUGAAUGCGUUCGCCUUUAAGGAGUUUCACAUCGCUCUGGAUGCUAUUCUUAUCUUCAUUCCUCGUUUAUACCUACACAUUAUUAUGCCUCCUCUUGUUCCGGACUAUUUUAUGCUCCGAAGCCGAGGAGCGGCUUGUUCGAGACCUUUUUCGUGAUUACAACAAACUUAUCCGCCCUGUUGAGCUUAUUAACAAGACCGUUGAAGUCAAGUUCGUUAUGUACCUUAUUCAACUUAUUAAUGUGAAUGAAAAAAAUCAAGUGAUGACCACCAACGUUUGGCUGGAACUGAGGUGGAAUGAUUAUCAACUCAAAUGGGAUCCAGCUGAUUACGGUGGAAUAAAAGUUCUCAGAUUGCCCGCUGAUAAAGUAUGGAAACCAGAUUUAGUUCUAUUCAAUAAUGCUGAUGGUAAUUAUGAGGUUCGCUUCAAGAGCAAUGUUCUCAUCUCGGACAACUCUGAAGUCCAAUGGGUUCCUCCAGCUAUAUAUCAAAGUUCAUGUAGAAUUGAUGUGACUUAUUUUCCAUUUGACCAGCAAAAGUGUGAAAUGAAAUUUAGUUCAUGGACCUUCAAUGGUGACCAGGUUAGCCUUAGUUUUUACGCUGAUCCCUGGGUUGAUCUAUCCGAUUACUCUAAAAGUGGUACUUGGGACAUUGUUGAAGUUCCCGGAGUUCUCAAUGUUUACAACAAUAGUAAAUACUCCAAGCCAACUGAAACUGAUAUAACAUUUCACAUAACCAUUAGAAGGAAAACGCUCUUUUACACUGUUAAUCUUAUUUUACCAACAUUGCUCAUCUCAUUCCUAUGCAUACUCGUCUUUUAUCUGCCAGCAGAAGCCGGAGAAAAAGUAACUCUGGGCAUUUCAAUUUUACUAUCGUUGGUUGUGUUCUUGCUGUUGGUCUCCAAAAUACUGCCUCCAACAUCACUAGUUCUUCCCUUGAUAGCCAAAUAUUUACUAUUUACCUUUAUUAUGAACUGUAUUACCAUAUUGGUUACCGUUGUCAUUAUUAAUUGGAACUUUCGAGGUCCUCGAACUCAUCGAAUGCCCAUCUGGAUUCGCAUUGUUUUCCUCAAAUACCUUCCAAUGCUUCUUUACAUGAAGCGGCCCAAGCGAACCCGAUUGAGAUGGAUGAUGGAUAUGCCUUCACUUGGUGUCCACUAUCACCCGUCCCGUGGUCCACCGCCAAGAGGUUUCAAUGCAGCUUCAACUCAACAACCUUAUCAACCUCAUCACAGUCACCAUCAUCAUCAUCACCAUCACCACCAUCAUCGCCAUUCAGCCCACCAGGAAGGUUCAACCGAAGGUGACCAAGUAAACCAUUCACAUUCCCUCAACCGAAUGUCACCUUCAUCAGUAAACAUACCCUCACCUGCAGGGUCAAACGGAGAGUCGAGUCACUUGCACCAUUACCGUCACAACUCGCUUCACCAUAAACUUGGUCACCAUCAACACACGAACCAACCCUUACCUCUUGGAGUUUCAAAAAACGAUGUAGAAAGUAUGGAAAUGUCUGACCUUGGUGGACCAACUGCUCACCACCAUUUAAUCCGCUCAACACCCUCACCCAUCCCACCUCCCAUGCCACCUUCAAUGGCAUCCCCUGAUGAACACAACAUUAAUCAAAGUGAAUACGAACCGUAUCGAAGUUCACCAAGUCACACUCCACCUACAAACCUAAACUAUCGUCCAAAUUACCCAAGUGAUGCUGAUAGAUCUUCCAAUUUACCUCCACCAUUGAGUGAACCCUAUCAUCACCCGACCCACCACAGCCAUCAUCACCUGUACCAUCAUCAUAAUCAUCAUCAAAUUCACCAACAACAUGCUCAACAACCUCAACAUGCUCAACACUCAACCAAUAAUCGUAGUAAAUCGUAUGAUAGAGAAACAUCUUUAGACAAUCAAAGCAUCGACAUGAUCUGUCUAAGCUCAGCAGCUUCAAAAGCAACCGAAGCCAUUGAGUUUAUUGCAGAACAUUUAAGAGCAGAAGAUGAAUAUAUUCAGAUUCGAGAAGAUUGGAAAUAUGUUGCCAUGGUUAUUGAUCGAUUACAAUUAUACAUAUUCUUUCUUGGAACCUUGACUGGAACUUUGGCAAUUCUUUUGGAUGCUCCACACAUAUUUGAAUACGUUGAUCAAGACGCCGUCAUUGCUAAUCACACAUCCAAAACUUUAGCCUAAGGAAACCUUUUGUCGAUACAAAAAUUUACUGUUGACUUCUUUUCAACGCAACAACCAACAUCUUUUUUUAUACUUACAUGUCCAAAACUUAUAGUUGAAACAAUGAAAAAAAAGUUCAAAAGUGAUAACGAAUAAAAAACGGAGAAAAAAUGUUCUUAUCGGCAUUUAUUGUUAAA